GGGAAUUCUUAUUUAUGACAAAAUCAAUGGCUAACAGGAAUAUGAUAUUGACUCCAUAUCAAGUGUUUAUAUUACCAUGUAUUAUCCUUAUCUUCUGGUCUCUAUUUUUGAUAGUCUUCAAAAGUGAUGGAAGUGGGACUUGGAAGAGAGAUAUAGAUUGGCUUAUUCUUAACCAAGGGAAACAAAUACCUCGAUUUUGGUUUGUGUUUAAUGAAACGGAAGAAGUAUGUUCAUGUGUAACCGGUUUUGAAAAAUGUAAUUUUAAAAAACUUAAAAAAGAAAAAGAUUAUUUGUGUACAUGUCCCACUCAUUUUAGUCAUGGUCUAAGAACUUAUUGUACUAAAUCGAAUUAUCAGAAAGACAUCCUUGAAUAUGAAGAUGAAAUUAUGGAUCUUUUUGUAAUACGACGCACAAAUAACUGCCAACAUUAUGGAGGAUAUUCAAGUUUGGAAUACCAAAACUUCCAACUACCAUGUCCGUUUUGCUUUGAUGAAAUAACCCAAUGUUCUUUAUGUGAACAUUGUUCUGUACAAUCAUGUUGAUUACAAUAAAUCGAUUGAAACUAACUUGUAACCAUGUCUAAUCUAUACUGUGAUGUAUGUACUUUACGAUAAACCCGAUUUGUGAAAAGCUUCGCCGACAACAAAUUCAUACUUCACAAAUGCUGACUUACUUACUUACGCCUGUUAAC